UUAAUAGUGCAGCCUCAGUUUGAGUUUUCUCGAGCUAGCAACCAAACGUGUAAUAAUAGAUUUAGAAUGUUGUCAAACUACGAUAUAAUCAAAGGUAAAAUGGAUGCCAUGACACGAAAUGUCCGGCUGUACCAUUACCUGGUGAACAUCUUCAUUCAGGAAGGAUUGAGACUGACUUGCAAUGAAGAGGAUUUCAAGCAAGAAAUGAAUGAUUUCAUGGAAGAUGUGUACAAGGGCCACAAGUGGGAUUUCUCUGAGUGGCAGUCUCGGCUUGCCACAAAGACGUCCCACCCAGACGACAACAGUGAGUGGCUGAGAAGGGUGGAGACCAAGAAUUUCCAUGAGCAGUUAGCCCUCAACAGGAAACUUGUGUAUCAGGUGAAUAUCUGUGAGAGACAGCUGAGGGAAAGACUAUCUCGUGGACUCAAGAUCGGUGACUGUUCAGUUACCGAGAUCUACUAUAGCUUUCCCCAGCUUCUUGCACAGCAGAUAGAGGAGUUCCAACCUCUCACUGCUCUCUGUGAUCACAUCUCUCGACACUAUGAUCUCAACUUUGAUCCAGAGUGCCGCCGUGUGCACUGGCUGUUGAGCCUGGAGGCAGACGGUGUUGACCUGUCCACCCUGCCACAGACAAAGGAGGCCCCUCUCUCAUACAUUCCAGAAAAACAUAUAGGCUCCUCCUCCAACUCCUUCCUCCUAGGGGUACCAAAACCCCAGACCUCGCUGCCACAGGAUAUCAGUGCGUGCCUGGCAGAUAUAGAUGGCUUCAUGUCAAAUUAUGACAUGGCUGCCCACAUUUCUGCAGGACCAGUUCCUACCAGGAAGCUGGAAAAGGACAGGCACAAUGGCACAGCAAGCCCCCCUCAGUUGACUCCUCCUGCAAUUAGGGAUCUUCUCCAGAGCACUUCCGCUCAGCUCCCUGGUCUUCUCACUGGCCCCUGCCAAGAAGGACCCUACACGGCACUUACAGGGACACGUCCCCUGACCCCUCUUGAUGAGUACUUUGGAGGUUCUGCUUUCAGCAUAAAAGCCACUAAAAUGGUCAAGCCAUGUGCUCCCUUCAGAAAGGUAGACAACAAGCCCAUAAAGCAAGCACCAGUGUUGGUGGGAAGUGAGUGCCCUCACGUGUUUGAGAACUGCAAGCGGCGCAUGUUAGCGCUUCCAUCAUGGAGCAAGCCACACCAGGAGAGGCACAGGAAAUGGCUGCACUCAGGUUGAAGGUUAUGGAGAGCAUGCAGGCAAAGAGAGCCAAGAUGGCUGACUGGAUCCAGGAACAAAGUGACCGAGUUCAUAAGCAAGCGGUCAGUGAACUCCAAAAGGAGACAAGCCGUAAACGCAAGGCCAUCAACACGGUCCACUACUUAAAGCAUGCUGAGAAGUGUGCCAAGCUUGUGCCCCUGGUGGGCAAGGUAGUCCACGACAGUGAGGAGAAACCCAGAGCUUGUGGUGUUAGGGCGGAGACUGCUAAGCUGCCCGGGAUUGUCCUGAAAAUCAAAAGGGACAGAAACAACAACUGGGUUUCUAAACAAGACAUUCCAGGAGAGAGGAACUGUUGAGCUGUGCCACAGGACUUUCUUUUUUGUUGAUGAUUCAAUCAAAUGAUAUCACCAGUUAUGAUUUUCUUUAUAAAUGUCUUUUGUAUUUUUAAUACUGGCAUUUAAACGGGUAGUUUUAAUUAUACAAGAUUAAUAUUUUAGGAUUAUUUUAAGUUGCAUGUGAUAGUAUACAAUAAAGUUAUGUUAUAAUGAUAUGAUAUAAUAUGUUUUAGAUAGAUAUUUGUAAAAAUAUAUUUUUAUAUUUUUGUUAUUAUUUGAUUGUAAAUAUCAUUGUUGCAUUUUCAUCUGGUUAUCAUUAAAAACUAGACAAUAAAUUGUUUAAAAUUA